GGAUCAAAUAGUACUGAGUAUUCUGAAGUGACUUUAUAAAAUACUUGCAAACUUCUUCUCAUUUCACGCAAACACACGCGCACGCACACACGCACACUUACGCUGAGAGAAAAGAAACACAUGGAAACAAUGGGAAGUAAGAGAAAAACAAGAGGAGGAGGGGGUUCAGGGCAGGUCGGGUUCAGAUUCCACCCCACCGGGGAGGAACUGGUGGACCAUUACUUGAAGCUCAAGAAACAGAACCAGGAUUUCAAAGCUGAAAACAUCCCUGAAGUCGAUGUCUGCAACUUCGACCCUGGGGAUUUGGCUGCUCGCAUGCCAUCCGACGAUAUGGAGUGGUACUUCUUCGGCCGAAAGGAUUAUAAGUACAAGAACAGCAAGCGGUCCAACAGAACCACACCAGGAGGCUACUGGAAAAUCACAGGCAAGGAGCGUGUGAUCAAGGCUCGGCGGUCCAAAGCUGUCAUUGGUAAGAAGAGGACCUUGACUUUCUACCGGCGUUGUGAGCCUAAACCGAAAAAAACCAACUGGGUCAUGCACGAGCACUAUCUCAUAGAUAGUGAAGCCAAUCCUAAACUGCCUCAGAAGGAUUUCGUUAUCUGUCGCAUGAAGAAAAAAUCCGAUGAGGAGGAUACCUCAAUCGGUGAAGUUGAACUUGGCAGCUGUAGUGUGUCUAAUGUUGAAGAUCAUGCUGCAGCUGUUGUGACUCCAGGGUCACAGGAUAACAGUUCCUCUACACCCCUAUCAUCAGGAUACAUAGAGCUGGAAGAUGUUCUGCAAGCCAAUGGCAUUAAUGAUGAUUGUAAUGAAAUACAAUCACCAUUUGGAGAUAAUAAUUAUUCUUAUACGAAUAAGAAUGAUAUUUCAACCUGUGAUGAAGGUGAACCUCAUAGUUUCACCGUGUCUGUUUUCGAAAGUGAAGCUUCACAUAAUAUUUCUCAAGAGUUAUGUGCUCAGUCCCAAAAAGACAUGGUCCGGUUACAUGUCGUCCAAGAGUCACCAACAUGUGUUGUAUCUAAGAAUAAUGUUUCUACCAACGAUAACGAUGAACAAUUUAAGAACAUCGUUCCUAAUUUUGAAAAUCAAGUUACGAAUAAAAGGAUUUCAAAGGUAUGUCCUCCACCAGAAGAAGAUCUGGAAUUUUUCUUUUAUCUACCUCAACUAGAGGACUACACACUGUAGCCGCCAAUGAAAACAACGGUGGGAGAUGUUUUGCAUGACAGGAGAAAAGAGAUCGAAAGGAUACACGGCUGCAAACGGCUGCAAUUUGGCAAGCAAAAUGUGCCCCAUGAACAUGGCAGUGCUGCAAUUUGGCAAGCAAAACGUGCCCCAUGAACAUGACAGUGCUAUAACACAUUGAGGUGAGGAUGAGAUCGACACUGAAUUGAGCGAACUAAUUGAAGAUGAAAAAAAGAUUGAAAACUCAAAGUUGGAGGCCGGAGGUGGGCAUUUGGGAAAGUCGGGCUGAUCGGGUGUCUUCAUUUAAGCGGCGAUACAGAAGAAGAACAAAAUGAAGUGAGAGGUCGGGGUUAGGGAAAACUGUCAAGUCUCAAGCUCGACGUCCGGGAGAAGCAAAACGAAAUUAGGAUUUGGCCAAAAAAGAAGCAACGCUAUGGAUACCAAAAAAUCAGCGGUUCCUAAUGGAAUAGGUAACCAAGCAACUUUGGAGGACCUUCUGCUUGGGCCAACUAGCCAAACCACGUCCACCAACCGGUUACUCUCUGUCGAACUUCAAGCGUUUGAAGCAAGUUCAACUCCACCGGAAAUUCCCAAGUGCUAUGUCUUUGAAUCCAUUGAUCCUAGAGCGCUAGAUUCAUUUA